AUGCAUUCCCACUCCCACACUCUUGUCUUCACUGCUGUUGUGCUCAUCGAUCGGCUUACGAGCAAUCGCACCAAUCCCUUCAACUCUUUCAGCAAACACCUUGAUUCUCCUCUCCGAGGUCCUCCCUUGUCAUCAUGCUCGACUUUCACCGCGAUUGCAAAAAAGGAUGACCCCUUGUCUUCCAAUGCACUGACACGACCUCGCGAUUACGAACUUCAGGAGGUGCGUGAUUCAAUCACAGUGUGCGUAGAAUAG